CUUAUUAUAAACUCAUCUCUCUCUCUCUCUCUAAAACAUAGUAAGAAAAAUUCUACAUAAUAUAAUGGAGGAGAUUGAUUUUCGUUCAAAGCCAUCUUCUGGUCUAAAGCUAUUUGGAUUCAACGUCGACGGAGAAGAAGAUUUCUCCGAUCAGUCGGUGAGAACUGACCAAUCAGAGACUAGUGAGUUUCCGGCGGGAUCUUCCGGAGGAAGUGGUGGUGUAAGAAGCCGAGGAGGAGGAGGAGGAGAACGUAAGUAUGAGUGUCAAUACUGUUGUAGAGAGUUUGGUAACUCUCAAGCUUUGGGCGGUCACCAAAACGCUCACAAGAAAGAGCGUCAGCAACUCAAACGCGCUCAGCUUCAAGCUACACGAAACGCAGCCGCUAAUUAUUCUAACGCUGCUCCUUUCCUAAGGAAUCCUAUAGUCUCCGCCUUUGCUCCUCAGCCUCACCACCUAUCUUCCGCCGUGUCUCCGCCGGGGGGAGGAGGAGGUUCUUGGAUGUAUCUUCCACCACGUGUAUCGCCGUCUCACCUUCACGUGCCACAUGGAUGCGUGAUUCAAGAUGGUGCGGGUGCGGGUGCGGUUGGGUUCUCGUAUGAUUCAGGAUUUAGGUUUAAUGGGUCUCAGAUGAGACACGUUCAGACCCAUGGGCCGAGACCAUCGGUUAAUGGGUUUUCACGAGAAGUGGGACCCACUUUUGAUGAUGGAUUAGGGUUGGAUUUGCAUCUGAGUCUUGCACCAGCUGGUCAUUAACGUUUAAUCAUAUGCCCCCUGCAAGUAUAGCAGGAGGUUACCUCGUGUAUAAUUUUAAUUUUCUACAUUUUAAUUGAUUUUAUUUAUUUUUAGUGAUUUUAAAUUCGAGUAGUUGUUUGUCUAGCAAAAAAGUAUGUAGCCUUCAAUCAUGUUUCACAUUCGAGAAAGUACUCCUCAGAAUGCUCUAACCAAUUUGAUGAACAAAGUUCAAGAAGAUAAAACUUAUUGUGUCCCUAGUUGAGAU